ACUAGGCUACUGAUAGUAUAGUAAACCGCUUAUCUGUUUAUCAGCUUAUCUCGAUGAGAAGCACAACUUGUCUACAGAAAAAAGUUACAUUAGUUGGGGCUGAAAGAAAAAUCAAUUGCAACUUUUCGACUCUGUUUCCAUUUGUAAAAAUGAAGGUGAUUGUGAACUUGUGAACUGUUAUGGCUGAGUCAAAGAAAACUUCGUCGUGCCCAAUAACUUUUAUCAAGGAAACCGGUACCAGUUACAUGAAAAAUGAUGUGCUUGGUAAAGGCAGUUAUGGUAUUGUUUUUCGUGGUUAUCAUCAAGACAAAGAAGUAGCUGUCAAAAGACUCGAGUUACACAGACUAGAUGUAAAGGACCGUGAAAUCAAGUUUCAAAUAAAAUUUGAGCAUGAAAACGUUCUCAAAAUUUUAGCAGCUGAAGAGGAUGAAAUUUUCAGAUACAUCGUCCUAGAAUUGUGUGCAGGGACACUCGAAGAAGUGAUUGCCAAAAAGUAUCAAGGUCCAGCGCUGUCAACCGACAUAGAAGUCAUGUACCAAAUUGCCAACGGCCUUGAAUACAUGCACUCGGAAAAAGUGAUUCACCGCGACAUCAAACCGGAAAACAUUUUGAUUUCCUUGAAAGGUCACAUGAAAUUAUCGGAUUUCGGGUUAAGUAAAGAAAUCAGCACACGAGACACCUGUUCCAUGAGUGGAACUAAAGGGACUCUUCUGUGGAUGGCGCCUGAAUUACGUGGCAAUAACGAACACAUCAAAGCAACACCGAAAUGUGACGUUUUUUCAAGUGGUUGCGUCUUUUUUGAAUUCCUCGUGCGAGAAAAUGGGGUGGUUCACCCGUUUGGAGAUACGGUUGACCAUAUCGAAGUACAGCUCAAUAUUCGCCAGGGUAAACCAGUAAAUAUGGAGAGGUUGCUUCAUUGUAAUCAUUUUGAAGAUAUUAAAAGUCUUAUUAAAGGAAUGAUUGAAUGUGAUCCAGAAAAGAGAAUGACUUCAACAAAAGUAAAAAAAUGGCUCAUUAAUUUAAUCUGUCAACACACGCAAGGAGAGAGGGGAGAGAGGAAGCUCCCUGACUUUUUCUCCAAGGUUCAUGUCACGACCAACAUAGAGAACGAGGUAUUAAAAACCACACCUCAAUCAUUAUCAGAAUAUAUUUGUCAUAGUACCGCCCGAUCUGGAUCUGGCAUCGUGCCCAAGGAAAAUGAUAAGACCUAUUCCAUUGAAAUACAAGAAGAACUGGGAAAAGGAACUUACGGCAAAGUGUACAAAUGCAAGUAUACUGAUGGAAAUGGAAACGUAUUCCCGGCUGCUUGCAAGAAGUACAAUCCAAAGCCAGAAGCCGAGGGCGUGUUUAAGAGAGAAAUUGAGACCCUUCGUAAACUAGAUCACUUGUCCAUCGUCAAAUAUCUUGAUGCCGUCGAAAAGGGUCCAGCAAAAAUCAUUGUGAUGGAGUUGUGCGAGGGAUCUUUAAAGGAUUACUUCGAAGGGAAGUUAAAAUGGAUCCCUAAAGACUCCCUAGAUGAAAAGAUCCUUGUGAGACAAGUCAUUCUUGGUCUCGCUUACAUUCACAACAAGGGAAUAAUUCACAAGGAUUUGAAACUGGAAAAUAUUCUCCUCAAGCGCCACUCCCCUCGUUUGGUUUUAGCCAAAAUUGCCGAUUUCGGAUUCGCUAUAGAACUGGAACGGGGCAAAACCGAAUUCAGUGAGACUUCGCAUCCCGGCACAGAGACUUACAUGGCACCCGAACUUCUCAAUGCUCCCGAAGACGCCUACCCAGCCUCUUUCGCUAGCGAUGUUUACGCUUUGGGGAUUACAAUUGCGCGGAUUGUACUCAAAGGAAAACAUCCUUUCAGUUCUAAUAAAACCUGGCGAAACAUAUCAAUGAUUAAAGGUCUGGUUCCACCAAAUCUUCCAAACCUAAGUUGGGAUCUGAUUGACUUGAUUCUCAAGUUAGUCGACAAAGAUCCUGGAAAACGCCCUGAUAUGUUCCAAGUGUUGCUUCAUCCUUAUUUCGUCCUGCAGGACAACCGCAAAAUGAAAUGAACUACACUGUGUGUAUGCUCCUUCGUGAAUGCAACAAAAGUAGGAUCAGUAUUGGCGAAAAAGUUUUGUGUAUUUCGAGUUUUAUCUUUCAGAAUUGAUUCCUAUUACACUCUACAAUACCAGACAUUUUUAAACUGAAAAUAGAACUCGCAAUACAAAUUGUUCUAAAGCAAAAAA